CCGGUCAUUUCCACCUCGUCGACGUUGCCAUACGCCAGCCGGCAUGAGCAACAACUAUGUCUUUUCCUUGCAACCUACUUUUACGCAGGGAUUAAUAUUUGGCCAACUGUCUAUCCUGGUCCUCUUUGCUCUCAUCCUAAAGUACCUCUUUCUCGAUUCGACAGAAUACCCAUUCGAAACCUCGUCUUAUCAUCCACGGGCCAAUAGCGACAUUGCACUCAGAGGCCACAAAAUCAGGUCCCACGACGCGAAAGAACCUCAGAAUCAACAAGAGGAGUCGGCAGAAUGGUUUAACAUUUUGUUGCAACAAGUCGUAGAAGUCUAUCGCUCCAAGAUUAGGAAUGACCUUUCAGGUGCUGAAGGUGACGAGGUCGCGAGAAAGCGUGUCGAAGACUACGCGAAUAGGAUACGACCCGUUGGGUUUCUGGACUAUAUAAAUGUCCACUCUGUUGACCUUGGAACUUCCGCACCUCACCUUUACAAUGGAAGAAGAAAUUCGACGAGCACCUCGGCAGAAACCGAAUUUGAUGUCAGCUACGAGGAUUCGAUAUCAGUGUCAUUGUCUACAUCAUAUCUAUUCAACUACCCCAUGCCUUCAUUCGCCCGUCUUCCUGUAUUCUUGACGAUAUCUCUCUCGAUUUUCAAAUCAUCACUGACUAUCACACCCCCUUCGCCCACUUCGCCGGUUCCUGAGUUGCUCAUCUCGUUUUCUCCGAACUUCACGCUGGACCUUUCCACCACAUCACUGAUGGGUAGCCGGGCAAAGUUGGCUAACGUCCCAAAACUGCAUGAGCUCAUACAACAUCAAGUUCGUCGGGUCUUCGCUUCGCGUGCGAAAUGGCCUGUACCUUUGCCGGGCUUGGGGCGUGUAGCUGAGCCCAUUGUAAAAGAGAUCAAGAAAGAGAUGGCCGAGGUGAUGAAACCUUGACCUUAUGGUAAGUCAAGCCCAAACUAGUUUCAAACGUACAUGAGGGGACUUUUCUGGGAGGAUAACGCCAAUUGUAGAUGCAU